CAGAGCAGCUCUCAGAGCUGAGGCCAAGCGGACACCCUGUCUCCAGCUGCUGGGGCGAAGGCCGGCCGGGCUGCACUGGCUCCGUCAUGCCCUCCGCCUCUCCAGCAGAGCCCUCCGUCUUGGCAGCCCCCAAUGCCACGGCGGCAGUGGCGGCGUGGACCAACGUCAGCCUGCCCGAGGUGCCCCUGUUCCACCUGUUUGCGCUGCUGGACGAGGAGCUGCACGCAGCCUUCCCGGGCCUGUGGCUGGCGCUGAUGGCAGUACAUGGCGCCAUCUUCCUGGCGGGCCUGGUGCUCAACGGGUUGGCGCUGUACGUGUUUUGCUGCCGCACCGGGGCCAGGACGCCGUCGGUCAUCUACACGAUCAACCUGGUGGUGACCGACCUGCUGGUGGGCCUGUCCCUGCCCACGCGCUUCGCGGUCUUCUACAGCACGCGUGGCUGCCUGCACUGUGCCUUCCCGCACGUCCUCGGCUACUUCCUCAACAUGCACUGCUCCAUCCUCUUCCUCACCUGCAUCUGCGUGGACCGCUACCUGGCCAUCGUGAAGCCUGAGGGCUCCCGCCGCUGGCGCCAGCCUGCCUGUGCCAGGGCCGUGUGUGCCUUCGUGUGGCUGGCUGCGGGCGCCGUGACCCUGUCCGUGCUGGGCGUGACAGCCAGCAGCCGGCCCUGCUGCCGCAUGUUCGCGCUGACCGUCCUGGAGUUCCUGUUACCGCUGCUGGUCAUCAGCGUGUUCACGGGCCGCAUCAUGUGUGCGCUGUCACGGCCAGGCCUGCUGCGCCAGGGCCGCCAGCGCCGCGUGCGGGCCAUGCAGCUGCUGCUCACGGUGCUCGUCAUCUUCUUUGUCUGCUUCACACCCUUCCACGCCCGCCAGGUGGCUGUGGCCCUGUGGCCUGACGUGCCACGCCAUGCAAGCCUCGUGGCCUACCAUGUGGCCGUGACCCUCAGCAGCCUCAACAGCUGCAUGGACCCCAUUGUCUACUGCUUCGUCACCAGUGGCUUCCAGGCCACCGUCCGUGGCCUCUUCCGCCGGCGUGGAGCAGAGUACACGCCCAGCAGCAACGUGGUCGGCAUGAACAAGAGCUCCAAGGGCUCUGGCCACCAUCACAUCCUCAGCGCCGGCCCUCACGCCCUCACCCAGGCUCUGGCCAAUGGGCCCGAGGCUUAGGGAGCACUGCAGGGGGCCAAAGGUGCGGCUCUGCCCAGCCUGCCAGCCCAGACGCCUGCCGUGCCAGGGCGGCAAAUGGGUUUCAUCCUGACGGACGGGCGGUGGCUGCCCAGGGCACUGCAUGGGAUUCUAAGGCCGCUGCACUGAGGCUGAUGAACGAUGUCUGCCACGGCUGUGGUGGCCUGAAUGCCAGUAGUUUGCUAUCCCUGGGCUAUACUGUGCCCACUGAAAACUCAGAGGGGUUGCCAGGAGCUGCUCCCUACCGGGGUCCUUAUGUCCCCGGGACGAGUUCCUCAGAAAAAGGGACACAGAUUGUUUAAGCACUAGAGAUUCUCAAGAGGGUUAAAAAAAAAAAACCCUGAAGAGCCACUCUACCCCACCACACACACACACGGGUAAAAGAACAAGGACAGAGAGACAAUAUUAGGGGAUGUAAAUGUUGCAUGAAUGGAAGGGAAGGGCACUUGUCCCUGCAAGACCCGCCCACCUGAGAAUUGCAGGGUAAGACGGCAGGCACCCACUGCACUGUGCUGUGACCCAGUGCUUUAUAUCUGGGUUGACACUUGAACCGAAACAAGCACGCACAGGAAGGGCUGUUUUUCAUCCUCGUCUUGGUGCUGGAGGGUUAAGUGACCUGCACAGGUGCCAUAGCCGGGCAAUGGCAGGGUCAGAAUCAAAGCCCAGCCCGCCCUCCGACGCCCCUGCAGCUCCUUCCGUGAGUACUGCUCAGACCUUCCCAAGCCAACUCCAGAAAUGGCCUCAGAAGAUCCUAUCCUGUCUGCUGUCCUAGGACAACAGCAGAGCUCAUGCCCCAAGAACAAAGUCACAUAGCAACUUGAGCCCAAGCCUGCCAACCUGAUGCCACCAUCUCCCUAUACAAAGAGCCCUUUGAUCUCCCCUCCGGGGGGCAGGGAGGGCUCCAACUGCUCUGGCCUGGCCCUUCCUGUCUCCCAUGCCUUUGCUGGGGAGGGAGACUUUCUCUGGCUUGGAACACUUCCUCCAAGCCAGACUCCAGGAUUGCCUCCCAUGUGCCUUCUGUCAAGUGUCUAAGCUCCCAUGAGUCCUUUCCAGACCAAUGUACAAAGGAGGGGAGCCUGUGGCAGGGGAGAGGCGCUCUAGACAUCCCUGGCAACUCCAGCCACCAGACCCUACCCUCACACUUGGCCACAACCACUGAAGCAGGUGAGACAGACGCUGGGCCCAGGUCCCACGUGCUCAGGGUGAUGGUGGCCUGUAUGGCCGGAGCGAAGCAGGGCAGGGUCUGGUGCAGGCAAGGGCCAGGGCUCUGCAGCUCAGCUCUAGACAGAGUAUCCUGUCCCCAAGUUCAGGGUCCUGGAGAGAGGACUGGGUAGAAGGUAGAAAGGCUAUUUGUAUCCCCAUUUUACAGACAAGGAAACUGAGGGAGAAAGGACCUUCAGAGUCACGGAGUGAGUACCUGGUGAUCCGAGGCCAGUAUUGUCCUCUCCAACCCACACUCACAAGUCACCUUGGUCAGGGACCUUGGCCUCCGUUUGUUCAGGGGCUCUGGGUUCUCUUGCUCCAUCAGGGAGACCCUCAAAGCCCCAGGGACCACCCACCAGCUCCCCCUUGCCCCACCCAACCCUGCUCUCCAUGUGACCUGGGGCAUGACACUCACCCUCUGACCUCAAUUCCCUGCACUGUGAGGACUACCUCUCUGGGCCAUGCUGUGAGGAGGCAGAGGGCACUGCGAAGGGCUGCUUGGACAGGGGGACAGCCUGGCCUCUCAGUCCCACUGGGUGUCACAUGCAGCUCCAUGGCCUCCCUUCUUCUUCUGCACUACAUCUCCUUCUCUGCCAAUGUCCUGUGCCCCACCGGCCUUCUGCUCCCAUCAGACCUCCCCCAACCUGGUCCCAUUUCUGGUCAUCACUCUAAUUCACACUAAAGAGGGAAUGGCUGACACCAGCUGACUGCUAUGCUUGGGGGUGCAGGGGUUGCAAUCUUUCUGGAAUAAUCCCUUCCUCCAGGAGGAGGUAUCUUCAAAGUGGGGAGCCAGGUCCCCCCUCGUUGGCCGUAAUUCUGAAACCUCACCAUUCAGCCUGGGUUCCUUGGGGCUUCAAAGGCUUCUCAGACUGCAAGAGCCUUGGCCGGGAAGGACGUCCAGGGCCUAAAUGGGAGCCUUCAAUCACCGUCCCGCUUGACUGGAUGGGCCGCCUGUCCUCUGGGAGCCCAAAGCCUGGCAGGCCCCUGUGCAGAACCCUCAGUCAGCAGGCCUCAGUUUCCCCACAGCCCACUCCUCUUUCUCCUCUCCUCUGCCUUGUAGCUGGAGGGUCAGGGUCUGCCCCGGGCCCUUACUGGGCCCCACAGCCCCCAGAUGCUCGCCCCCUGCUCCUUACCGUGGCCCCCACAUCCCUUCCUCAGUGGGUCCGGCAGCCCGGGAGCUUUGCAGGUCAGGUGGGUGUGAGGUCUGUGCGUCCCCCUCCCCAU